UGCGUGAUUAACAACGUAGAGAUUGAUCAUCAUCUACGUAAUAUCUCUGUCACUAUUUGUAUUCCCUUACUAUAAGCAAUCUUGCUUACAGUUACAAAUAUCUUGAAUACCACUUUAAAGUUCAUAGAAUAUAUUGUUCUCAGACUACGAUAAGUUCUUGGUACGUCUUUUUAAGACAGUUAAUGUUUAUGCGUUCUAGAAAUCUAUAGAAGCUAGAGUGCGAGUUCUGCUGCAUGUGAUUCAUCACAUUUAGAAGAGUAUAUAACUGCCAAUAUAUAAAGCAAAAAUAAUAAAAAAGGGAAGAACUUUGGAAGUGAUUUAACGAAGCAUUUAGAAGAAUCCGUUCAAAGGAAAGUGUCGGUAGUGCUUUAGAGCUUUAAUGAGAUUUUAAAAAGAGUAUAUAAAUAUAUAUAUAUACAAUUGUUACAAUGUAAAUGUAGUUUGUGGACACUGUUUAAAGUAUAUCGAGUAAAUAAGAUAUACCAUACGUUAUUAGAAAAAGAAAAAAUAAAUAAAUAUACAAGAUAAGUGAUACUUAUCCUUAUAUAUCAAAAGGCCUAUUCUUACGUCGUAUACUUGUUUGUAUACGUUUAUAGAAUUGAAAAGGUAAACGUUUGUUUGGAAUAUCAAGCAUAUAUUCAUACUGCUUAUUAGAGCGUGCUUUUGCGAACUGCUUUUGUGAAAUUCUUUUCAAAAUGGCAAGUGCCUCAAGAAAGAGGGUAUUAAUUGGUUGCACUGGUAGCGUCGCGACGAUUAAACUGCCUCUUCUAGUGGAUAAAUUAUGGAAAAAUAAUUUGGAAGUAAGAGUUGUCGUUACCGAGAGGGCAAAGCAUUUUUUAAAAGAGGCCGAGUUACCACCAGGAAUUCAGGUUCUGUCGGAUACAGUGGAAUGGGCUGCAUGGCAAGAUAGAGGAGAUCCGGUAUUACAUAUUGAUCUGGUUAAAUGGGCAGACCUAUUUUUAAUUGCACCGUUAGAUGCUAAUACUCUUGGUAAAAUGGCUGGUGGAAUAUGUGACAAUAUACUCACUUGCGUAGCUCGUGCUUGGGAUCCUUCGAAACCUUUACUAUUUUGUCCUGCAAUGAAUACGAAGAUGUGGGAACAUCCGAUCACUGCGCAACAGGUUUCGGUACUUAAAUCAUGGGGUUAUAAAGAAUUGCCAUGUAUUUCUAAAACUCUUAUGUGCGGUGAUACUGGAAUAGGUGGAAUGGCAGAAGUAGAUACGAUUGUUCAAACAACUCUGAGAUUACUUAAUCCAUGGGAUCCCUAUUCUCCACCUGAUUUGCGCAUAUAGCAGGAGGUGGAACCUGUAUACCGAAGGAGAUGUUACUCAGGAACGUAUCAACGGAAUGAGCGCACAUAGGACACGUUAAAAGAAUAAUAUUGAGAAUUUAAAGGUCCUAAGAGAGUCCAAUGGUAGUAUCUUCUUGAUAGAAUUCCAAAGUAUUUUAUAACUUAAUUACGCUUAAUGCGUUUUAAGAUUUGUAGAACGUACUUUAGAAUUCACAAAGAUCAUACUGCUGUUUUUCUCUCUUUAUCUCUCAAUUGGAACAUUUAGAGGUACUAAGAAUUUAUUGAAUUACGGGCCACAGAGAGUAAAGGAACAAGGUUGUGAUUUUAGUUCACAUUGCCAAAGUAAAUACGCUGUGAAAAUAAAUUCUUCUCUAACGAAAACUAUACAAGGGUAAAAGAACAUGGUGUAUGAAAGAAAAACAUUUAUAAAUGUGUUAAAACAAAGUGAACUGGAAUCACUGUCACAUCGACGCAGCCUCAAUCAAAAAAUAUCAUGUAAAAUGAAUAAUCGAUAGAAGCAAAUAUUAUAAGGUAAGUAUAUAAAAUACAAUUCAAUGGAUUUGAACAGGAAAGAGAUUUGUGUAAGCCCUACGACAAGUGUUAAAUGAUGUGUAGAAUAAAAAAAAAAAAAAAUCACAUAGCUUAUCGUUAUAACAUUCUUUUGUAGAAAAUUGUUGGUGUAUGUAACUUAUCUUUUUCUUUUCAUUUUUUUUUUCAACCUGUAAGUUUCAAAUAACACAUGCACAUAUAUUUUCGUUGUAGCUUUCAAUAAUAAAAUGUAAUCGAUCGUUAGAUAAGUAGAGAUUCUUUUUGAUUGAGGCUGUAAAACUUUCUCUGUUGCAAUUGUGAAAAUUGUAAAAAUUGUAAAAAAAAAAAAAAGAGAAAAGAAAAAUUCUGUUGAACAUAUCGUUUAAAGUUGUUUCACCAAAUGCAAAUGUACAUGUUUUUGUUAAAAAAAAAAUAUAUAUAUAUAUAUAUAAAUAAUAUAUGUAUAUAUUAUAACAUAUAUACACACACACACACACACACACACACAAACACACACACACACACACAUAUAUAUAUAUAAUGAUAGCCAAAAAUAUUUUCUAAUUUAAUUAUGUUUACCAUUUAUUAUAAAGCAAAAGAUCUUGUUCAAUAAACAAUUACAUAAAAAUUA